CUGAACAUGUUACAUGUGACAAGCGUUUUGUGACCCAUAAAUAAAUUAAUAUUAUAUGUUUAAUUAAUGUUUACAUUAAAUUAGGACAGAAACAAUGAAGUUUUUUGUGAUCAGCUACGCUGUGAUUAUUUCAAUGGAUGGAUUUUACGGAAAUAGUUAUGGGCGAAACAAGCCAAAAAAAGGGAUUGACGGCAAAACAAUUUCUGAAAAAUUUUUAUCAGCCGAAAAAGGAAUGAGUGUUACAGAUCUAGCUGAAGGAGGUCAACACAGCGUAACAUUUAACAUAUAUAAAAGUAAAAAAUACAGUAAUGAAUUUGCUGUAUACAUAUUGAAACAUAGCAAAUUACAUAUAAAUUUCCAUUCAGAUUAUUAUAUAAAGUUUUCCAGUUUUGAGGAGUCCAACUCUAGUGGUCCACUAAUAUGGGCUCCGUAUAAUUGUUCUGAAAUGCAAGUGAACAUAGAUAUUUCAAAACAUAACGUUUUGGUUGAUUUUCACAAACCAAUCGCUGAGAAUCAUCCCAAAAAUUGGACACUAACAACUUUAAAAGACUCGAACCUAUGCGAAGACAUAACGAAUAUAUAUAUUCCUUGUGAUUAUUACAAGGAUGGUAAAUAUUAUAAUAGUCUGAAUUAUAUAGUACAGUUUGAAGUUGUCGCGAUCAGUAUAGCAAUAAACAACAAAACGUUAACACACAAUCACGUAUUUCCACAUAAUAUGACAUAUACCUAUGACUAUGAAUACAGACCCCACGAUCAACGUAUAGUGUGUACCUACGAAGGAUUGCGACCAGUUACAAGCCAGUGUAUAAAGACGACAAACGGAUCAUCUGUACCCUUUCACUUAACUUCUAAACUGAGUGUUACAUUGCCACUUCACCGAGAUGAUGACGGAUGUACAUUACAUUGCAAGUUUAUUCAUGAGGGUAAAACUAUCGUCAGUGCGACUAUUAACUUUAAAUAUUUACAAAUAUCUGAAAUCAAAGCAGACAAUAUGCCGUAUGUUACAUUAUUGGUGAAUGGAACAGCAAUUGAGAACGGCGACACCUACCCAUACGUCUCUGAAACAGAAGAUGUGGAAAUCACAAUAAAUUGCUUGUCUACUCUAGAAUUCAAAAUAGAAAAUCCAAUGUCAGUUUUGAUCUUGUAUAAAAAUAAUAAACUUAUACGAGAGGAUUGUGAAUCUCAAAAUGAAACAUAUAACUAUAAAGGUGUUGAAUUAUCAUCUCUAAAUGCCACAAGUGUAUUAAAAAUACCGGUUAAUGAUGAAGAAACUGUAUUUAAAUGCAGUUUGGAAGAAAAACUGAACGUUGGAAGCUUUCCAUACAAUAAUUUGAGUAAAACUGUAACACUUAAAAAGAAACUAAGCACCGCAAACGUCGCUCCAACAGACACUGAACAAUUUGAAGGAGAUGGCAUGUCAGAUGUACCUCCAGGAGCCGUUAACCAUGGUAUAAUAGGUGAAGCCUGGUUUAUCCCCGUCGUCGCCAGCUUGGUUGUCAUAAUUUUCAUAACGAUUGCGUGUAUCAUUAAAGUUUAUAGGAAGAAUACUAAAGAUACGGAGGACCUUGUCACCCCAGAAGACGACCACCCCAAUGAGACACCUCCACCUAAUUUCCCCCAAAACGCAACUUUAGAAGAAACUUAUUGCAAAACUUUUGACAACAAAUUACAAAAUAAAUAUGUUACGCCGUUCGUAUCUGAAUCUAUUGAAGAAUUAUAUGCAAAACCAGUAAAGAACGCUCUAAGGAAACCACAGAACGAAGUUUUAUAUGCGUCGUUGGAUUUGGAAGAUAAUUAUGCUCAAGUCAAGCCUAAAUGUCAGAGGUAUAAUGCAGAAGAGCCGUGUUAUGCUACUGUCGGAGAGGCAUUGAAAAAUGAACCUACGUAUGCGUCGAUUAGUAAUAGAUCUGAUUAUGCAAAUGAUUUUGGAAAGGGUAGAUACGUGAAUAGAAAUCGUGAGGAGUAUGUCGAGCCUAGCUAUUGUGAAGUGGGGAUGAUGAAGAAGAAAUAAAAUCAAUUUGUAAACAAUUAAGUACCUAGUUCAGAAUCCCGGUUAUAUUUACAAGCUUUCAUUUCCAUUGCAUUAUUUAUGUUUGUUCGGUUGCACCUGAAGACCUGCUCCUGACGAGGAAGGAGCUCCCUCGUCGGGAGCGGAGCUUACUGCACGGAGACGUUACUGUGACUUUUUUUGUCACGCAUUUUCAUUAGGUAAAUAAAUAAAUAUUGGCAUGGUGUUGCAGGCGUUGAUAGGCUACGGUGGUCAAUUACCAAAAGAAAAUAAACAUUUUUUUACUAGAUGUUGCCCGAGGCUUCGAUCGACGCUCUCGUGGGAAUUUUGAGAUAAAAUAUAGCCGAAAGCAAUCUUGGAUAAUGUACCUUUCUAAUGGUUAAGAAUUUUUGAAAUCGGUUCACUAGUUUCGAAUAUUACACGCCUCAAACAUAUAAAGUCGAUAACUCACAAACGCUUACCUCUACAAUACAUAGAGAUAUACCAAACAUAUGUUAUUUGAAAUUUUAUUGUAUUUGAAGUAUAAGAUGUUUACUUGUUUUGUAUUGUUUGUUCAAUAAGUUAUAUUUUAAGUGUAUUUUAAUCGUUAUAAUAAUUCACGUUUAAUUGUAAAAUAAACAAAAAAUAUUAAUACUAAU